AUGGCGGCGGUGGCGAUUGCGGCGACAAAAGUUCAGGCGUACAGCGCUCAGGCGCCUCUCGUCUGUCGUCUCAGCCAAAAGCUGCUCGCUCGAACCGCGGCCGACUCUACCAUCGCGGCCGCACUGUUGCGCUCUCCAGAAGACUGGUGCCUCAUAUACUGCCUCCCUGCGGAUGCUGCCGGCGAGCCUGGCGGUCCGCUGUACUACAAGGAAGUGCUGACUCGAUGCCUACUCGAAUUCUUCUACCCCCACGACUCGGAAUGCGAAUGCAUUCGUGGCAUCCUAUGGGUCGUCCAGAGUAUCGACCUCUGGCUUGUCAGCCGGUCACUUGAUGACACCAUGAAGUACAGCGAUCGCCACCUCGCUGGCCUCUCCGCAAGGCCCCCCGACCGCGUCGAACUCAUCGGCGCGGGCUCUCUCGGCUACGGGACCGGCCCCAGCUUCGGCUGA